CCCCGUUGGUGCGUGCGGACAGCAUGGCAGAAAUCGGCUUCAUCUUCUGGUUUUCGUUCGUGGCGCUCAAGGUGGUCCAGUCAACGCCUCAAUCAGGGAGCGAAGUUUGCGAAGAUUGGAAACUCCCUCGGAUGAACGACACGGAAAAAUACGUCAGGUUGCAAGAUUCCCUCUAUCUGUGGUUUUACGCGGAGGAGGAGAAUGCAACGGGAGAAUUGCAUAUAUGUUGCAAAGGAAAUGAAUGGCAGCACAUGAAUAUUACUCUCAAAGAAGCUAACCUCUACUAUCUUGCUGCUUUUGAUACGAAGAACGGGAAUUUCUCACUGGCAGGAGAGACCAUGGAAACAAUAACAAGUGCAUAUGGUGUCUGGCUUAAAAGCACUUCAAUAUCCUAUUUGAAAUGCUCUGUUAACAGUUACCUGCCUCAAACACCCGUCACUUUAAAGGAGAUAAAAGGCAGAAAAAGAAUAAAGAAAAGGGCAAACACAUGGAUGAUAACUGCCUUCGUGUUAAUGGGUGUCCUUCCUCUCCUUUUCUUCGCCCUGGGAGCUGCCUGCGUGACUCUGUGGCGCCGGAAGGAACGGGGUCAGAGAGCCGUGGCCACGCCAAAGAGACCCGAAAGACCGCAGGAACAGGAAGCGGCCCCCAUCUACGACGAGUGGAACCCCAGCUGGUGCAAGGCUGAGGAAGAACAUGACAGUGACAACAGCGACUAUGAGGAGUAGAGUGUGGGAGUUGCGCUCUUGCACUUUCAUCUCUCGCCUUGUGUGGUGUAUAUACAUACAUGUAUACAUACAUACAUACCUCUAUACAUACAUACCUGCAUGCAUACAUAGAUAUAUACAUGCAUACAUUCAUACAUACAUACCUGCAUGCAUACAUAAAUAUAUACAUAUAUACAUUCAUACAUACAUACAUGCAUGCAUACAUACAUAUAUACAUGCAUACAUUCAUACAUACAUACAUACAUAUAUACAUAAAUAUGUACACACAUAUACAGUAUAUUUGUAUAUCUAUCUACCCAUUUGUCUUUCUAAUGAUCUAAAUCUCUCUGCCAAUGCAUGUAUUUAUAUCUAUCUAUCUAUCUAUCAAUAUGUAGAUAUAAAUGGUGUCCCCGAAGUUGCACACCAUCCUGGUUAUCAAAAAAUCACCCUUAUUGAUUUCAAAAACUGCUUUAUUGAUUUCAAAAACUGCUUUAUUGAUUUCGGAAUGUUUUGAAACAAGGAUGGUGCGCGACU